CUGUUCAUUUAAGUCAUAAUAGAGGGGCUGUGAUGAGGGAAGCCGGUUAAAGGACCCUGUGUCGCGCAGGCGCCGGUAGGAGUACAGGAAAGAUGCUGCCUUCCUCGAGAGCUUUAUUAAGCUCGCUGCUGCUUCUAAUCAUCGCUGGAAGCACCGGUGCCUUCAACUCCCGACAAGGAGAAUGCACGUUUCCGUUGAAAUGGGAAGGGACGUGGUUUCAGAGCGGAGUCAGACAACCGAUCGUCAUCUCCAGGAACGAACUGUCCAGCAAGGGCAGGUGUCUCCACAACGAGGGCGACAAAUUUCUUUUAGUGGACCAAAAAUCCUGCUAUCGUUGCGUCGUCAUUCACGAGAAGCACUCGAACGUUCUCCAGUACAAAGAAACUUACUGUCACGGCAAAAGCUCCCUCUCCUCCCUCUGCUCGUUCAUCACCGGAGAUGCUCUGCUAUAUUCCAUGUUCCGGGAGGAGGCAACACCUGUGCCGUGCCCUUUUCGAGGUCCUAUGACCUUUUCGUAUAACCGAGGACACGGAACCUGUUCUGUACCAGUCAGCAACGUCGACACCUGCACGGACGACAGCAGAUUGCUCUUCAGAUAUCAAGCAUGCCCUGACAUAACUGCCUCGGAAAGUGCAGUGGAGGAGUUGGAAUGCCUGGCCACCUGGAAGGAGGGCAGUAGCCGAUACCUGGUCGGCCGUUUACAUCACGGACACGCGUCGAGUAACGAAGAUCGAUACCGAUGCUUCGUCUACGAGAAGGCAGGCCAGACAGUGCAGGGUAAUCUGCACAGAGCUGCCAUGGGCAUGGGAGCCAUGGAUCACGAUGUCAGUUUACAGAGCGGGCCGGUGCCCGAGGGCGCGGCCGAGAUAUACCGGGUGGCCCAGAGCGGAGAUGCCACUUGCAACGGUCUCUUCAGCCCGAUGGAGGGAUCGCGAACCAUGACUCUCAUGAAAGUAUCGCCGCCAGGCCAGUGUCGAUUUCCAAAUUGGUUGACCGGUCAUUCCAGCGGUGGACUAACUUGGCACACCCUAGACCUGACCAGGUCUUACACGUUUCAUCCGCGAAACGCUUCGUUGCACGCAACCAGAUCGAACAGCAGUACCUCGAGGUUCGAAAGCGGAUCCUUGGACGGCCAAUACGUUCCUGGACAGGAGGAUCAGGACGUAAAGAUCCUCUGCAACAGCAUAAAGCAAUCCAGCUCUGCUCAGGCGGUGACGAUGACCAUGCUGGUUGCCCAUUUCACCGUCGGCUGUCGCAGCGGUUUCAUGUGUAUGACCUUCUAUCGACGGGACGGCCACGUGAUAGAAUUGCAAACCGGAAGUGCAGUUUCCAGGCCAGAAGAGGCUUGCAGUCCGCCCCAUUUUCAGCAGCACAAUAUACCCUUCCUCACCUUAGUCACAAGUUCCCCAGAGCCGCGUACGUGCCCGUACCUGGGUAAAUUCACGGUAACCGGUGUGAACCGUAACCAGAGGAACAUCCGUGAAAGUCGCAGGAACCAACACCAGGAGGCAGUGAGACGUGACAAAGAAAAAGUUCGACACGCCCAGGAGCGUAGUCAGGAGGAUCGACGAGGCCGGAAGCUCGACUUCGACGCGGAGAAACGACGCGCGAACAACGAGUAUUUGGUCCACGAGCGAAUGGGAAGACGGGCCAGGUCGAAUCGCAACAACAGAAGUCAUCGAGAUCACAGCAUCGAGGAGGAAUCCUCGAAACGCAGUUCGGACAUCGAGGAUCUCCUACUGGAGCGUUCUUGGUCAAAAGUGAGAAGAUCGGACGUGCAACGAACGUCCGAGCUUGCGACCAGGUCGAAAGUUAGAAGAACGCGCGACCUCGAGACCAGAACGAGAGAAAAAUCGAAAAGAAAUCCGAAAAUCGAGGAUUUCCGAUUGGACGCGGACGAUUUCGCGCGAACCGGGCAAUUUUGGACGAGCGAUUUCGACGACUCCGAUGACUCGAGCAUCAUAAACGUUCAAAUUGAUUAUUUCGGUGAUUACCCGGACACCGGGGACCUGCCGAAAAAGAGGUCGGACAGGAACCCGGAGGAAAUAACGUACGAGCUUCUGAGCAGGACAAGGAGGGACGCCGAGGAGUUGGAUGCUGUGGAUGGUUCUUUUGAAAAGAGAGAGAAGAGGGAGGAGGAUAUUUCUAGAUGCAGCUCCGAAGUCACUACCAUUACCAUUGGUUGCUCUACUGCGGAUAGAAUGGAAUUCCAGACGGACUGCGUCGAGGAUAAUGCGAUUGCUUACUCCUGCCACGGUAGAUGGUUCGACGCGGAGGGCACCCAGUUCGUAAUCGCCACCCAACUAGCGCCAGGAACCACCUGGACCAACGAGAACAACAGACCUCAACCCUACAGGAACAGCCGUAGAUUGUGCUUCAUGUACAAAGAAAGCGGUGGAGUUGUCAGUUUGACUGCCAGCGAGGUGGCCUGUCAAAGGGGAAUACCUCCACCUCCGCCAAUGUUGGCCUUCAACGCUACCAGCACCGGUCAAUGCAUGGAAGAGAACAGGGGCUUUGUUGUUCGAUCGACGUACCUGAUGAUCGUCAUCCUGACGGCGGUCGUCGCGAUAUACAGGUGAUUCUAAUCGAACGGAACGAUCUCGCGACCGUUAAACCAACCUUUGUAAUCUACUUUACUGGACACCGUGCUUGGGUGACGAAACAAGGUGGUGGUACACGUGUAUAAAAAAAAAAAAAAAAGUAUAUAUAUACAAUCGCCUUGGUCGCGAGUCACCGAAGAUGAUCGGUCGAGGGUGCGGGCCAGAAGGGAAGAAGAAGAAGAAGAAGAAGAAGAAGAAAAAAAGUAAAAUCGAUUCCUUGGCUUCGAACGCUCGUGUCCGUAGCUCUUGCUAGCCUCUCUGAUCCGUCGGCUGAACAAGAAGACAACGACAAUGUUGAAGAAACAAAGGAACCGUCUCGUCGGGAUUGGCGUUCCUUCUAGAGGACAGGUGAUACACUGUGAUUUCGAUUCGACACCCCCUAGAACAGCAACUCCAUUCGUCUGUAAUAAAACGACAAACGAACGAAACUCUUGAUUCCUUCCGUAUAAGAGACAGAAGAAGAAUAAGAGGAUGGAAGGUCGUCGUCGGAGUAUACGAACGAGAUGAACGUUUUCUCGAUAGAUGGAAGAAAGGUUCGACUAUCUGGAGAUGGGAUGCUGUUGAAAGGAAGUUGUACGGAAGUAGUACGGGGAACUGUUUGUUCCUGGACGAACCUCGAGGGUAGCGGGGGCUCGUGAUUUGAGCGCGAAUAUCCCCUGGCCAGUAGGUUUUUUUACCGAUGUAGCUCGUAGGCACUAGCUAAUUAAAAAUCAGGUAAAGCUAACGAAGUACAUUACACAAAUUUCCUUUGUUUCUUCAUCGUUAUUUUCUUUCUUCGUUUUUCUUUCACUUUUAUCGUAUGGUUAUACCAUAUCACAAUAUCACGAAGCGAGAUCGAUCGGGCUCUCGCAACAGUUGAGUCUCGUUUUUAGUUAGUAAGACGAUCGACCCGAUAUGCUGGUCGAUAUCUUUUAAGGUAGAUACUACAUAGGGAAUAAGCUUUAAUAAGGAGAAAGCGAGGAGAACGGUUUACACGGCAAAUAUUUUUUCCAUUCGAUUUUCUUUCUUUCCGUCGAGCACACCGUUCAACGAGUGUACCGUGUAUUUUGUAAGCUGUAAUUAUAACGCUGUUUAGAUAAAAAGCUCGGAAACAGAGAUGGAGGACGAGACGUGCUCGAGGCCGUUCGAAACAUCGGAAGAGGGACGUUGGUUAAAGUGCCAUCGAGUUUUUCCCUCUACAAGCAAUCCGUUGUUCGUCAACUUUCGGAAGAAUUUUAACACUUUGGUUGCCGCGUCUCUUGGUACCUAAGUUCGAACGCUAAUAAGCAGCCACAGUGGUAAAAUGUUGAAUCCACGAGCGAAUAGAUGCAGUUCGAAACGAUUGGACGAUAGCUCGACUCGCCAAUGGGUUUUUCGGGCAAUACAGAAACGCCCGGGGCGAAAUUCAAUUACCACGCGAAAUAUUAGCGAACGUAUUAAAGGUUGAUUGCUCUACAGCUGUUAUGUAAUAGCUACAAAGGGCUGUUAGCCGUGUUAUAGCUGAAUGUAUGCCAUAACUAUUAUAUAAUAGCUGUAAUAGCCGCUGGCUGUUUUAAUAGCCAACCGACGAUAAGAGGUGAAGGAGAAAACAUAUUUCAAAGCUUUUCCCGGCUAGCAAAGCUUGCGUUAUUUUUCUAUCGUAUACGAUUACCAACAAAAGCAAAAAGAAAAAAAAAAGGAUGAACAAUAGCGUCACUGGUUCGUGAUGUUUCGAGCGUUGGAAAAAAAAGCUUUUUGUAGUUUCAGUUUAUUCCUGAUACGAGGGUCAUUCGGUAAAUAAAGACCAGCACAAAUAGCCUUAAAAUGGUUCGCUUCGCGAAUGUAACAAUUUAUACAUUUUUUAAUAUAAUCCAAACCAACGAAAAGUAUACAGCGGUGCCUCGACCAAAAUUAAACGCUCAAACUUUUAGAGGAAUGAAAUUAAAUUGGACGAAAAAUGUUAUGUCCACAAAAAGCCAAAUGUUUAUUUUUUAGUUACCGAAUGAUCUUCGUACUAGUGAAAAUUCAUUGCCGAGUAAAACGUUCUUUGAGAGCGAUCGCUAAGGUGAGACUAAAGGUGGAUUUAAAUUCUCAGAUAAUUCAUGCAAACUAGUUUGUGUAAGUUCUGUACAAAUUUGAAUAUCAUUCACACAUUCGAGUUUAAGUUGGUCCUAUCUCAUCUUGCUGUAGAAGUUUCUUCAAGAAAAUUGAGAAUCUGCAAAUUAAAAGGAAAAAUGAUCUUUGUACGCGUUAUCUAAGAGUUUAAAUCCACCUUAACAUUGACACCGGUUGUACACAGAGGAAGAAGUGUGUCAAAGUGUUAGAAAGAUAAUUCAAUGCAAUACAAUCGACUCGCGUAGUAGAAUUAUUUGAAAGAGAGAAGUGGAACGAGAGGCACUAAGGAAGAUUCGGGAUCGCAACGAAUAGUUUCAUUAUGAUAUCCGGAAUAAUUUGUUGCCACGAUCGAAGAUUACCCUACGAGUUAUUUCGCGAUCCUCGAUUCGAAACGUUCUAUCGAUUGUCAGAGAUUCUGCAAACGGUUGAAUAUUAAUGCAAAUAUUUCUGGUAUUUCAAGAACAAUAAACCGGCCGUUUCAGCGAUUCAAUUAACUUCCGCCCAGGGAACGGACAACGAUGGGCAAUUUCAAACGGCUGCUAAAUUUAUUUUCAUCGCCACUUCCAGGAUAUCGCUGUUCCUCGGACGCGUCCCGCUUUUAACAGUCUCCAAGCCCCGUUUAUCGAUUUCAAUAAAUGCCACCACGGUUUCACCGCGACGGGAAAAUCAACUUGUGCUGAUACGAAUAACGUUGCGAGGAAAUCAGGUGAAAUUUUGUUGAUACCUCUGCAAACCAAUCAUUUCUUUCAGACUUUAAUGUUUUGAGAGGAGGGAAAAAUAUCGUGUACCCAAACGGCCGAGCCUGUAAAGUGUAAAAUUGUAACUGUGAUGGAUUCUACGUGUCGUUGUAACAGAGUCACGUCGAACGUUUCCCUCUCCAUUCAAACGUUCAUCCUUCUUCUGUUCAUUUAAGCGAUACUGAAUCUUCCUUAUUAUGAUAUUGGUCGUUUUCCUUUUUCUUUACCAAGUGUCGAAGAGGUCUUGAGGAAAGAUUCCGUCGGAAGCGAUUAUUCAAGUACAGAUUUAUCGAUGGGAACAGCAGCCAGUUGAGAUAGAAUAUAUUGAGAAUAUUGCGAGACAAAUUGGCCACUUGUUUGACUGCUGGAGUAAAAGAACCGCACCGAAUAUUUUAUUAAGAAGAUUUGCUGGUAUUACAAACGCCUCGUGAAUGAAAAUAAAAUUCAUUGUAAUAAAUGCGAAAUGAAUUGUUUAUCAAUUUUUAAUCAAUUUGCGAACCUUGCACAAUGAACGCCGCAGCGAAAGGGUUAAAAGGCGUGUUCUGUGCGAAAGCGUUAUCAUUAAGGGAAGCUAAAGAUUUAUAGGUGCUUUCACGCUGUAAUGCGUGUAUAGUGUGAAAGCAAUAAUUACGAUGGCGCCAGCAGGCGGUCGAUUUGAAAGAAGCCUAAUUUAAUUGUCCAGACCGAAGGAACUUUUCUAAAGAUCUUCGAGGCGCGCUAACGUAAGCAAUAAACUCACGCAACGGCUCAACCGUGUACAAUACACGAAGAAUGUUGCGUGUCACGAAUAAGCUGUUGUACCAGAGAUGUUCUAUUAUAUUGGUUUGUCCAAUCGGGAUUUUCGCGACAGCGUAGGAACGAAGAAAAAGAGAAUGAAACCGAGGGAAGUAGAUACGGACCGAUCGAUCGCGAGAUAGAACGCUACGAUAUUAUUGUAACUAAUACAGAGUCUAUAUUAUAUUAUUGUACAAGCGCAUCUUUGUAAUAAUUAACCCGAACCGAGUGACCAGAGGAGCGGAGAAAAGGGGGAAGAAGAGCAAUGAGGCACGCGAUAGAAGAGUACGCAACAAUAGACGACGAUUAAACAAUAUGAAAUAAGAAAAAAAGAAAAGACAUUACGAGAGAAAAAAAAAAGGGAGAGAAAGAGUUCGAAGGCGAAUAGAGAAGCGAAGCAUAAAAGAAGCCAAUCGCUAUUUUAACACUUUUCCAAUCGCGGUCAACGUAGUUUUUACGCCGUUACGCUUUCCUUCGUGUUCAGUUUACGACGCGGACGAGGAUGGGCCUGUGUUCCUUGAAAAUUCCGCUCGUAACGAAGAAAAAUGCCCGUAGCCACAGAUUCCUUUAUCCCAAAUCGAUCCCCUUCUCUUCGUCAACGUUUUAUCUUUCUGUUUUUCCCACCAUCUCUAUUUUUAUACGUUCUCAAGAUAUCCCUUCAAGAUCUAACGGUUCUAGCAAGAAAACUACUCCGAAUGAUAUCUUUCGAUAUCGAUCAGCUUUUGUACGCUGAUAGAUUAUAAUUUUGAAUAUUUACCUAGGCUUGACGAAGUCGAAGAAUUGAAGUUAUAGUCGAAGAGUGUAAUUAUAAUAGCGUGAUUUAUCGUCGUACAAAAGCUCAUUAAAAUCUGAGGAUAUCAGAAGAGCUACCCUUGUACGGUCGAGGCCGGUCGCGCAAAAAGCGGUCUCUUUGAAAAAAAACGAGCGUAAGAAAAAAGAAAAGUGAAAAGAGGCUUGGCCUUUUUUCGUCGAGAGGAAAAUAUCGAAGCGUAGAGAAAAUGUCCGCGUGGUAUGCGGUGGAUCAAAGGCUCCACUCUCAGAGGCGUCCAUUUAAUCGAGCGAAAGACGCUCCUUUUCAAGAACCUUCUCGGCGAAGAGGUUAUCGUUUCGAUCGAUCGAUCGACGCGAAAUCGACAAAUUAACGAGCCACGGAACCGUUCCUCUUUUUUUUUCUUUCUUUUUUUUCUUUUUCAUUCGUUUCCUCGAUAGUUGCCACCUAGGGGUUAGAGACUUUGAACGAUUAGCACCUUAGACGCCGUAACUUGUAAGUACCUAAGUGAAAUUGCAGCGUAUUUAGCGUAAACCAUAUGGUGAAACAUAGCCGGUAAGGAUUAUUCUAGCCUGAUAGGGGUAAUAAGGCUCAUUGUGACAGCAAUCAGAUGCCCCGCGGUCGAAUCGCCAACGAUCCUUUUCCCUUUCCCAGCACGUUUCACGAUCGAGAUCAUCUUUUCUUGCGAAAUCAACCUCGAUUCUGUUUCGGAGCGUACCCGAAUAGCCACCCUUUAAACAUUCAAAUUUUCCGUCUAGUUCGCCGGUUUAUUUCUAUGUUCUUCGGAUAUUUGAACUGCGGUUAUCGUGCUAAAAGUCAAACAUUACUAGGGAACGUACAAAUAUCCGGAUGGAUGGUGGAUUUCAAUAGAAAAGCUCGUAGAGCGGACGACCUGUACCGAGGGAUCGAAAUUCUGCAAGUUCGGUGGUCGCUUCCCACUUUCACCGCAAAUUACCGAUUCAAUGACCAAUCCGGUUUGCAGAAUUAUACAAGUUCGACGUUCCUGGGUAAACCACAGCGUUCUGAUAAGAAAGUCGAUAAGCAGUUGGUCAAACGUUUCGAUGGAUCGUCGGUUUCGUUUGUGGCAAUCGUUAAGGAAGAAGGAUAUUUUUUAGUUUAGCUUGUACUAACGCAUUAACGAUCGAAACGCGUUGAAAAGAAAAAAAGAAGAAAAGAGUUGCACAGGGUCGUCGGUAUUCUAUUAUUUUCGAUUUGUCCGACACAAACAACGCCGAGGGAUUUGAUAAUUAUCAGAGCAUCCCCAAACAUCGUUACCGACCGACCGCCUACGCUCGCACCAGCCUGCCUCUCGUCAAACAUUAUGCGCUCCGCUUAAUGAGAUUGAUGCAAUCGGCCGACGCAUUUAAUCCAGUUAAUUUACAUUCGGUCCUAAUAUCGCACGCGAAUAUUCCGCUAAUGCAGUCGAUAAUGAGAAACAGAAAAUUGCUUGCACAACCACCACCAUCAUCACUCUUCCUGUCCCGGCUAGCCUGAUGCUUGUUCGACCUCGUUUCAAAUUGCCUGCCCUCGAUGUGUUUUUUUCGUUUAUCAGGAAUCAUCGGUUUGUUGGAAAUUACAGUGGAUACAAAGGAAUUGAAUUGAAUUGAAUUUUUUAAAAUGUUUCUAUCACAAUCUAAAGGGUUAAUUAGUCGAUUCAUGAAAAAGUGAGUUUCGAACGUGUCUGUUUACGAGCUUGAAAUUCGUUCGCCCUAUCCCCUAAGAACGACGGGCAACCCUUAAUGAUACCGCGUGACGCAUCCAGUUCGAUUCGAAAGCGUCGUUCAAAGAUUAGAAAGGCACCCUGACCAUAUGGGGACGGAGCCUGGUCCCACCCCAUGUUCCAACUAUUCCCUAUGUACGCUCCACCGAAUCGAGGAGGUUUUCAAUCAAGGGACAAUCAUCCCUCGACGAGCAAUCGAACCUUUUUAUCAAAUCAUCAGCGGCCCAUCGUUUCCCUGCCUCGGACGAAACGUCAACGGCCGAUCAUCGAACAACGAGGAGAAUACUUUUUCGCGACGGGGGUUUCGUACGAGAGAUAGAAAGAGAUACAGAUGUAAGGGAUGAAACUCGAGGGUAGAGAGAGGAAUAUCUGACAAAGGAGGGAAUAUUUUCUACCGACAAAAGCAUACCAACUGCGAAUCCUUUUCGAUACUUUGUUACUUGAAUUCUUAAUAAAUAAUUAUUAUCGGUGUUAAAUGAAUUUCAACCCCUUCCAAGACUACCAAACGGCUCUGAAAAUUUUCAAGAGUUUCAAGAAUUUUCAAUUUCGAAUAAACAUUCGAACGAUUCGAAAUCCCUCAGCGAUUGAAUUUUCCGAAAAUUUGCAACAGAGAAUCCUUGAAUACCCAUCGGUAUCCGCGCUCAUAGUUUGCCCUCGUGCGAUCAAGAUUCCAAUCUGCUGUAACCUGCCCCACACUGGGCCCUUAUUGUACGUUUACGCACAUAUUAGGAUACGCAUGUAUAUAGAUAUACAUAAUAUGAUAUACUACAUUAUAUAUUAUCGUGUAUUGUAUGUGUAAUUUUGAAAUUCGCGAGAAGUGUCGGAUGUGAAACGAUGCUGUGCGUUUAUUUGGUCGACAAGACCGCGGGGCAAUGGCGAAAACGAAGGAAAAUUACGUGUUUCGAUUCCAUUUUAACACUUAAACAGCUGGUUAAAUAAACAAUUUUUCUAAAAGAUAUCAUUCCUUCUAACCUUUCGGCUAUUAAAUUAUAGUUUUCCAGAAUUUUAUUCAUCUUACGUUUCAUUCAGGAACGUUUACUUCUAUAAAAAUCUUUCAAGCUGUUUAAGUAUUAAUUACAUCGAUCCGCUAUGCGAUUGGUGAUUGAGGGACGACAGGUGCACGAUCAACCCUUUCCACCAGCCCUGAAAUUCCCAAUAUCCGAUCAAACUUAAGAAAAAAGUUUUAUGGUUUAAUCAGUAAAGUAUUUCCCGCGAAUGAUUCAUGAAGAGUUCAUUUAAGUCACGGCCAGGCCACGAGGAAAAAACAUGUUUCUCCUUAUUCAACCGAUCGAGCCGAUCGAGGACAUACCUGUCAAUGGUUUUGUCGCAACGAUCGACUAAAUAAUUUUACUCCGUAGAAACAGAAGCCCUUGAGAUAAGUAUACGUUGUUGGAAUGAUUUAAUGGAAUGUCGAUUUACUGGUUGAAACGUGUCGGGGAUUCAAUCGGUGACAAAAGCUUGCUAAUACAACCAAUGAACGAGCUCUCGAUAAAAAUAACUUAUAAGAGAACACCUGACCCACCGAUUUGAAUAAAACUUCCAGGGGAAGGAAACUAACUCCAAAAUCAAAUCGGCCCUCGUAUAAUUUUUCAAAGAAUCUUACGAUAAUCUGUUCUGUUUUCGUCCAUCCGUUGCACACCGUAAACCUUAACAUAAUCGCUCUAAUUUUGAAAUCGAUUCGUGAACUGGAAAUGCAACGAUGAUCGGCUCGAUUGUACGUCAAAAGAUUUUUUUGUUAAAGACUGACAAACGAUCGUUUGAUGUUGAAAAUCGUUGUUGGAGCCGGUAAUUUAGCACUUAUCCCCGUUUGCAAGCACGUCGCGAGCAAUUCACUGGCGGGCAUAAACCAUUGAUCAUUAGCCAACGCGAGGAGGAGGUUUAAUCGCGUCGAACGAUUCAAUUUGACGAGUCGAGCGUGUGGAGUAGAUGGAUCGGCUCGGAAUCGCGUUUCUGGCCUGCCUCUAUUACGACUUUUCAACGCACUCCGCGUUGCCAAUGGCAUUGAAUCAACCAAGCGACGCAGCUGUGUAAUCGAGUACGAUUAAAGGUCGACACGCGAUCGCUUCUCACUACGAUAUAUAAUAAGUUGUCGAAAAACCCAGGGAAACGACAGAGGUCGAUGUGACAAUUAGCGAGAACCGAGUAAUCGAUUCGAAUACCGUUCGAAAUUUUAAAUUACUCAAAGUUCCGCAAGCAAAAAGUAUCUAUCCUAAAAAAUUACCAAAUUCGAUUAGGGUCGUGCUCCGAUCGUUUCUACUACCACCAUUUCGCAAAAAGAAAAUUAAUAUGCUGAAUGAAGUAUAACCGAUAAGAAGGAAAAUUAAAGCGUAAGAGAAAGAAAAUUAAUUGUAGUCUCUGUCGGAUGAAUGACGAAAAAGCAAUAUCGCGUGAACAAGGUGUGUGCGUGUGUUAUCGAGUGUAAUACCACAAAGACACGGAGAAAGCGAAUGUCAGAAAGGAAGAGAGAAAUUUUUGCGAAUGAUAAGUGUGUAAGCUACCUGUGCCUUGUAACAAACUAUGUAUGUAUAUACGUAUUAUAUACACAUGGUCACACGAGGAAGACGAAAGAGUACAUUGCAUACUACACAUGUAACACGUAAAAACUCUCACGUUAAUCUUAUGUAUUUAAAAAA